AUGGUUUUAACCAAAUCACUUGUUGCCCUUGCGGCAUUUUCAGUAGUUCCCAUUCAAUGUAUUGAUCUAGAUGUCACCAGCACUGAUUCAAUCAAAUCAGCAGCGAGCACAAUCGCAAAAGACUUGGUUGGUAUUUACACCCAAAGCCAAACUCCUGGAAAUCCAAUCGGCGUUUUAAGCGCGCCAUAUUACUGGUGGGAAACUGGAGCCAUGUUCGAUACCUUGAUUCAAUAUUGGCAUCUGACUGGUGAUGCUCAAUACAAUGAGUUUGUCACCCAAGGAUUUGUUCACCAACAAGGACUCAAUCAUGACUUUAUGCCAUUAAACCAAACGGCAACCUUGGGUAAUGAUGAUCAAUCAAUUUGGGCUCUUGCAGCGAUGUCAGCUGCAGAGUCUAGACUUGGGGAAGUUCAGAACGUCACCUGGUUCGAUCUUGCCGAUGCGGUAUUCAACGAACAAGCAGUUCGAUGGGAUGACCAAACCUGCGAUGGAGGUCUCCGCUGGCAAAUCUUUACUUUCAACAGCGGUUACACAUACAAGAAUAGCUUUUCCAAUGGAAACUUUUUCCAACUCGCAGCCCGUCUUGCUGCCUACACCGGUAACACCACUUAUUCGGACUGGGCCACCAAAACAUGGAACUGGACCAAAGCAUCAGGGCUCAUCGAUGAAAACUACAACGUCUUCGAUGGUGCCGAUGUUACCAAAAACUGUUCCUCGGUAGAAAAACUUCAAUUUUCCGAGAGUGCAGGUACGUUCAUCGCCGGCGCGGCAUACAUGUACAAUCACACAAACGGAGAAGAGCAAUGGCAAAACUCCCUCAAUGGUCUUUUGAACAGAACCAUCUCCGUAUUCUUCCGAUCCGGAAUCGCCACAGAAACUGCCUGCGAGACCGAAAAUAGCUGCAACACAGACCAACGCGUCUUCAAAGGUCUCCUAGGAAAAUGGCUCGUCGAUACCAUCAAAGUCGCUCCAUACACCGGAAGUCUCAUCAACACCCAACUUACCAGUACAGCCCAAGCAGUUGCCAGAGCUUGUGGUUAUAACGGAUGUGCUUUUGCUUGGAGUGAGAAGGCAUCAAACACUUCAACGAAUGUAGGUGGGGUGGGAGAACAAAUCGAUGCACUCAAUUAUGUGCAAGGAUUACUUCAUAGCCAGGCAGCGGCACCUGCUACACAGAACUCUUCGAAUGCGACGACAGCUACCACUGACUCUGGAGGUUCUACGACCACGAGCGGAAGCGCUAGUACUUCCACUACUGAGAACGCGGCGGUUGGAAUAGCUGCGGGAUACUCUGUCAUGAGUUUUUCGAUUAUGGGGGCAGUUGCUUGGUUGAUUUUAAGAGACCGAAGAUAUAUCAUUCUUGCUGGAGUCAUGGCUGAAAAAGGUGAUGCUGGUGAGGAUUCUUCUGGUGUUCUUGAUACGCAGGAAAAUACGUUGGGACUCGAUGCCAGGGAUGCCAGCGAUGCUGAUAAUAUCACUUCUGGCGUACCUGAUAAGCAGAAAGGUUCAGUGACACGUCAUCGGCAACUCCAACGACUAUCUAUCGAUAUCGAAUAUGUCAAAGCUUGGACAAAGCCAAAUGCAUUUCGAGAAUUCUGGCAUAAUUGGGUUGAUGCAAUGAUGCAGACUUCUGGGCUGUCCCGUGAUCAGCUGGUUUAUGUGAAACGAAAACGCUUGGUUUCUUGGAAUUUGAUGGAAAGAAAGGAACAAAUGGAGUUUUGUAACUAUGGAAGCGAAGCACCUCGUAGAGCUUUGAAUAUGGGUUGGACCAGCAAAUCCAUUAACGAUGACUUUGCGGGAACAUAUGGCGAAGGUUUUAAGAUUGCUGCAUUGAUAAUGCUUCGCGAUGGUGAUCAUCGGAACAACCAUCAAUCACUAUGGUGCACGCUGACCCCAGUCGGCAAAAAGCCUUCUGAGCAAGAAGUUUUAGGAGUUUCAAAAGUUCCAGACGAAUCGCAGUUCAGACGUCCCGAUCCCUGGAAAGAUGUCACCGUCACGAUAGGUACUUUCAGAAAGGAAGGAAACGCAAUAACAAAAGCCGAAUUUAGAAAAUGGCUCGAACAAUGCCUUUAUCUUGAACCUCUUAAGCAACUUAUCAAUACCAAAUAUGGCACAAUCAUUCCACAGAAAGAAUUCAGUGGCAAAAUUUAUUUCAAAGGACUUUUACUGAACCAUCCUUCCGUCCCCAGUCGGUACAAGUACGGCUAUGAUUUGUCUAAAGGCUCGAUUGACCGGGACAGAAACAUGGACGACAAGCAGCUAGGAGACCUAUUAGUCAAGAUAUGGGAUCAAGCAAUCCAGGAUAAGGGCAAUGAAAUUGUUGAUCGGCUCAUUGCUAUACAUGAAAACACUCAAUCUGAUUGGUGUGAUGUCAAAUCUCUUUCCAGUACGAUAUCUGAACCUGCAGCUAAAUGCAUCUGGAAGACGCUCCGAGAAAAAGAUCCACAGAAGAAGAAAUUCUAUCACGGAAAGAAUGACGCUUAUAAGAAUGCUACCAUCAUUAGAACAUCGUUGAAGAAAGAACCUGUUCUCCUUCCACAAGCAAUAUGGGAACUUUUGAGAAAGCAUACUCACGCUCAGACACCACUAGAAUAUCAGAAAGAGGAACAUGAAAACGCCAAGAUUGCCAGUAUCGAAGAUACACCGUAUUGCGCCGGCUUCGAACGGUUAUUAAGUGCUGCUCUAGCUCUGGACAACAGAACAGAUUUCGAAGUGAUAUUCAAGAAAGCUGGAGAUAUUGGACUCGAUUUACAUCUGGUUAUGAUGCCACCCAAACUACUACUUCUUUUAAAUGACAGAUUCAUGGAUUUCGAUAGGAGCCAUGCUGAUGAUACUACGAGUUGUUUUCUGUCACAUUUGCCAAAUAUAUAUGACGAUGAGGCGAUGGAGGCAUUUCUUAGUGCGAAAGAUUUACAGUUGCAACUCAGAGAACGCUUGAGGAAUAUGCCACGUCUGAUUCAAACCAGCCCAGGCUCUAAUGAAGGGCAAAUGUGUGUGUCUUGGAAAGAUGGCGAAGCCAGAAAAUCGUUUCGACUUCACAAAGUCGGGCUUGAGUCUCGUAUCACGUUACACCGAGAAAGUACAUGCGCUCGCAAGCGCUUUGACUUGGUAGCUCGUGGCAACGAAGUUGCAAAUCAUGAGGCCACAGAUGUGGCAGAUUGUGGAUGCCAACAGAAAAAGGUGAUUUCUACGUCCAUUGAUAAUAAAGUGAUAUUCAAUGGUCUCUCCUCGACAGAACUAUAUUUUCCUAUGAUCUCUAGGGCCAAAGCAACAAUCGCAUUUUUCGGUAUUCCUCCCACAGCCAAACGGCCAGCGAUAGAUCAGUCCAAAAAGGAUUCUGAGCUUACUCCGGAGAAGGCGUCUAACCUAGGCCCAACAACCACGUGCAAUGAAGCCUCCAGUGACUUGAAAAGUGCUUCAAACCGCGGUGGAUACAACUCUAAUGAUGAUAAUAAUAUGGAUAUUGACUCUAAACCAUCGGUCUCUUCACUAGCCGGGUCAGCGUCAAAGAAAUCAACGAAUGAGCCAACUGAUCGCAAGCCGAUGAGUGACAACACCUCAGAAUUAAGCCCAUCUGAAGUUGCAACUAAUUUCAGAUCAGAACCGAAUCGAAGGUCACGAAAUCCUGAACACGUAGUCAAGGUUGAAAACACACGAGAUUCCAUCGCCAAGCUAAAGGAACAUGCAAGAAGUUCCAAACUUCGCAGGGAAGGACUCGAGAAGCGGGUUAUUGAGCUAGUAGCCGAACUUGAUUCAUCAGUGGCUGAUCACAAAACCGCAUCAACUGAGCUCGCUCUCGCUAAUACCAAACUAAAUACUUCCAGCGUCCAACUCAAGGAGCUUAACGAACAAAUAGAGAAAUUACAGCAGCAGGUGGCUAACAAAAUCGAACAAUGCUUCCAACGAACAGAAGAACUCGAAACCUCCACAAAAACCCAACUCGAACAACAGGCACAAGCCUUCGAAACCGAACGCGCGGACCUCACAUCCCAAAUCCACACUCUCUCCACCUCCGGCCCAGAAUCGCAAUUCCAAUCCCAAUCGAAAUCCCAACCCCAACUCCAACUCCAACUCCAACUCCACCCAACCACCCUCCAAAACGAGCACCAAAUCCUCCUCCAAAAACUCGCCCAUCUCCAAUCGCAGCACUCCAUCAACAGCAUCAACAGUACAUCUCCUGAAACCCAAACUCUCACUCCCCAACAAACUCUCACCCCCCAACAAACCCACGAAUCACGAAUUCUCUCUCUAAAACUCGAAAUUGUCGAAUUAAAAGCCAAGAAUGAGAAAUUGAAACAGCGGAUUCAACAGGCGAAUGAGAGGGUUAGCGAGGCGGUGGAGGGAGAGGAGGCCGCGAUGAUGAUGUUGCAGAGGAUGUUGAAUAGGCAGAGUGCUGGUGUGGGGUUGGGGGAGAGGGAGAGGGAGAGGGGAAGAUAUAAGAGGGCGAGGAGUCCGAGUCCGAGUUUGGGUUUGGGUUUGAGGGAGGAGGGAGGAGGGUGGUGGUAG